CGCGCCAGGCUGCCCCGGAAGCGGUUGCGCCACUUCCGGGUGGUUGUCAGUGACGCUCUCGGGCCGUCGCCAGGGUGCUCUGAGGUGGUGCCGGGCUGGAUUCCGGACGGCGGGUCAGGCUACGGCUAGCUCGGCGCCCGAGGUGAGAGGCGGGUACAUUUUACGUAUUUUGGAAUAAACUCUACUGACAAUAUGAAGGAAGGGACAGUUUGUGAACUGAUAUGUAUAAGGAAAUAAUUUUCUAUUUGGGAUUAGAAGAUCAGCUCAUUCUUAGAGUCUUCCGAAAUAAAAUUAGGAUGGACUGGGGAGAUGAAUAUUCCCAUAAUUCUUUUGACCUACACUGUUUGUUAAACUCUUUUCCUGGAGACUUGGAAUUUAAGCAGAUCUUCAGUGAUAUUGAUGAAAAGAUUGAACAAAAUGCUGCAAGCAUAGAACAUUGUAUUAAGGAAAUACAGUCUGAAGUUCACAAACAGUGUCCAGAUGUGCAGCUACAAACAACAACGGACUACUUGGAAUGGCUAACUCACUAUAAUUAUGAUACUUCUAAGUCACCUUCUAUUCCCCAUGGAGAUGUGAUCAAAUUCCUCAGAACAGUGCAAGAUUUGUUGAAUGAUGAACAAAACCAGGAAGAUAUGAUCCUGGAUUUGCUGUGGGACCUUUCCUGCCAGAGCAAUGCCGCAUUCCCAUCGAGCAUGAGUGGAACAUCUUUCCAUUUCCUCUCUAGGACUUCUCUUCAUUCUGUGGAAGACCAUUUGCCUGUGGAUGUAAAGUCCCUAUGGGAUGAUAUAAGACUGCGUCUUCGGCGCUUCUUAGUGAGCAGAUUGCAAAGCCAUAACGAAAUAAAUAAUUCACAGCAAAAAAUCUCAUUGAAAAAUCAGUGCAUACAACAACUCUUGUUUCUUUAUCCAGAAACGGAAGUUAUAAUCAAGUACCAAAGCAUACAGAAUAAACUGUCAACUAACCUUCUGCAGAAUUGCAUUCCUCCUUACAGCAGAGAUUCAAAUUUAGAUGUAAUAGCUUGUGGCUACCAAAGUACAAUGCUUAAGUUAUACUUAAUGAUAAAAGAGGAUUUUAAUAUACUAUGUGAAAUUUUAGCUCCAUUCUCAACAGUGAAAUUCAUUAAAGAAACUUACCUGGAUACUGUAACAGAAGAAAUGGCAAAAUUUCUUGAAAAUUUUCGUGAGCUGCGGUUCAAAGAAAGUGCUGUCCAUGGGGUUAAAACAAGCAAGAGCUCCAGCAAGCAUAGAGGAGCAGUGCAUGCCUUGGUCACUCCUGAAUGCCCACAGAAAGGAAGAAACAUUUGCUUUUCCUUAGAUGAACUCAAUUUCUUAUCUCAUCUUAUAAAAUCCCUUUUGAAGCUAGAGAAAAAUGUCCAAGAAUUGUUUGAAGAACUGUUUUUAUCACUCAAGAUAUCCAGGAAUACUUCAGGGAUUCUGGAGAAAUCCUGUAGAGAGCUUUUAACAGAAAAAUCUAGAGCAAAUGAAACCAGUGUUCCUUCAGAGCAGUUGCUGCCAGUAAAAGAGGCUACUUUACUAGAUUUUGGCUGGAGAAGUGCCUUUAAGGAAGUGUCUCUUCCCGUGGCAGAUAGUAUAACAACUGCAAUUGAAGAUUUUUCCACGAGAAUUCUCCAAGAGGAACAGAAUGAAAGGUCUUCAACUGUGAGCUGUGCUGUGAACCUUGUAAAUGUCCAGCAGGUUUGGCAAGAUGGCCACGAGUUUCCUCAGGAGGAGCAACCAAAGAAAAUUGCAAAGUUUUGUUCUGACAUCAUGGAAAAACUUGACACAAUGCUUCCACUGGCUCUGGCAUGCAGAGAUGAUUCUCUUCCGGAAAUUAGAGAAAACUUGGUGGAGGCCUGUUAUAAAGUGGCAACAGCUGUCCUGGCGAGACUGCGAGAGAGAAGCAAGGAGGUCCCUUCCAAAGCACCCCUGAAAAACCUGCCCGCACUGCUAUCCUCAGCGGUGUAUGUCUUCCAGCGUUUCACACAAUAUGACAAUUUGAUGAAAGAAACUACUAAAAAACCCAUAUUCCUGGUGCCUGUCCAACGGUAUCAGGAAUUCAUCAACACUCUGCAGUUUCAGGUUACGGACUACUGCGUCAGAGUUUGUGCUACAAGCAUUUUACAGGAUGGUGAGAGCCACCACUGGGAUGACUACAAAGCUUUUUAUGAGGGGGAAAGAUGCUCCUUCGCACUCCAGAUGUGGCAUUAUUUCUGCUGGGCUCUUCAUCACGAUCUCUGGACCAUCCUGCCCCCUACGUUAGCCCAGGAGAUCCUAGCAGAAGUGCUGGAGAAAUCUUUGGGUCUGCUGGCCUCCAGAUAUUCCCGGGCCCGUCCCAGUUGUAAGAGAACUCCACAGAUAAGACUUGAUGUCACAACAAUUUUAAUUUGCACUGAAAACAUGUUAUGGUCAAUUUGUUCAUCUGGACAGCAGCUUUUGAAUCCUCAUGAGUAUAGAGACAGUAAAAUUUUCAAAAUUCAUACCUACUGUAAUAAUCUGCUCACAACAUUAGUCAUUUUGACUUCACCAUUAACAGAAUUGUAUAAGACUUUUCAGCAUGGCAUGGAUGAGUCUGCUUCAGAUUCCUUAAAAUCAGUUUUCAACCAACCAUUACACUGGGUUUCUUGCAUUUCACAUUUCUACCCUUCUUUACUCAGGACUCCAUCAGCUGGAGGCCUGAAAACCGAGGGUCAGUUGAAACUGCUCUUAUCCCAGCCUGGCUGUAAUUGGAACCUGCUUCUGGAAACCCUACUGCAUUGCGAUGGUCUUUUAUUGAGGAUCCUGCUGAAGGGCUCGAAACAAGUUUCUGACACAGAAAAUCACCUGCAAGGAUCCAGCUUGGUGGAAGCCAUAUUUAAAGUCCUAUACCAUUGCAAUUUUUCUCCACAAACAUUUGGAAAUGUUUUUGUGAGCUACAUGGAAGAAGACCAAUUAUGGGACUUUUUAUAUAAUAUUCCAGUCUCAACGUGCCCGGAGUCAGAGCUAGAGGUCAUCCGAUGCUUGAGACUGGCACUGACCGAUGCUGUCAAGGACAUUGUCCAGCAGACCGUAUCCAUGAUAACCUCCAGGAGGAACUGUGAGACAAACCUAGCCAAGCCCCGUGUCCCUGAUCGUCUGCUAGAGAGUAUUCCAAAAGAAUGCAGCUACAUGCCACGAGAGACCCAAAGGAAGGAAUCCACCAAAGGCUUCACGAGGCUUGCUGCUCAGGCAGUAUCUAUUGUAAUCAGCAAGUUACCUACGGUGAUUGCAUGUUUGCCUCCCCCAAUUAAAUACUUCUUUUUUCUGUCUGAGAGAAAAAUGUCAAAAAACUUUGUUGAAUUGAAGAAAGCUGGCCUGCUUGUCUGGAACUUGAUUGUAAUUAUACGUCGGAUAUUUGAGGAUGGAAACACUGUGGAACUCUUAACAGGUGCCUCCCUUGACAGAUGGAGCAAAGACAAACUCGGUUUAAUUUGUGUGUGUUUGGAAAGCAUCAUGGGUGAGCAGUGCAGCCCUAAUCAAAUGGCCCAAAAGGUCAUACAGAGCAUUGAGCAGCAAAAACCCAACUGGAUUGAACGCCAAUUGUUGAAAGCAAGGAAACUGAGCACUGAAUGUGCAUUGAUGGCAACAGAGAAGAGCCCAGCCUUAGAAGAAGGAGAUACUGCUCUUGAACUGACUGAGCAGAAAAUAAACACGAUGGUUCUGGAUCUCUGCCACAAACCAGGUGGCAGCAAGUACCUGAGGCAAAUUUAUCACAUCAUGCGGCUCAAUGAGGAAUAUUUAAAAGAACAGCUGUUUUCUAUAAAUGGUUCAGAGGAAAAGCCAUUAGUCGUCCCACCUCUAAGGAUGACCUUGAGGAGUGUGGAAGAUCAGCCUGCCUUUAACCCUUUCCACGUGCACAAGGUGUUUAGGGAAAGCAUGCUAGAUCAGUCAGCUAUCACAAAAUGGAACUGGAACUGGUCAAAGUUGCUGCCAAAUUAUCUGGGGCUGGGUAAGACGACCUUCAGUGUCCUGCUCAAAAACAGGUGGGAAAUGAGGAAUGAGGAGACACUAGAAGAGGAAGAAAAAGCUAUGCUGGAACAUUUGAAACAAAUUUGCACCAUACAGAACUCUCCUGCCUUGGCUAACACAGAGGAACAGUAAUCUGCAGAAAACAGCAACAGCUUUAUUUUAGGAGACACUCACAUGUAACAGGGUAGGAUUUCUGCUGCAGUCAGAACGAAGCUCAGAUGUGCUGUGAAGGAUGAAACCCAUGACUGAGUAAUCUUUCUACUGAAAAGGGAUACAGCAUGCAGAGAAUAAAGUGCUACAUAUUUUUGAUUUUAAAAAUAAUUUUAAAUGUUUCUCUUUCCCCAAUCUUUCUUUUUACAUGAUAUAACUGCUGCCAUCUCGUGUUCCCUCUGAAUUACUUUUUUUCUUCCUUUCAGUCCCGAAGUAUCUAUGACAACAGGCAAAAUGUUUGGUAAUGUUUCCCCUAAGGAUUUUUUAAAUACGGUAUUUGGAUGUUAAGUUGAGUGGAGUCAUAUAGCCCCCCCGGAAUCAUCUGAAAAUUUCCAUAUCCUCUAUAGCUGUAGCCCAAGUCCAGGUUCUAACUGCCUUUAGUACCCAGCAUUGUACCAGCCUCCCUUACCACCUGACCUCUUCCUCAUCCAGUGUAUCUCAAUCACAGCCACAAGGAACCUCUUCUUAUUUUCAGUCCUCCUGCUAAACCCAAGUCAAACUUGACGCAUCUACUGUCGGGUCCUAUAGCAAAUGGCUCCAUGUGCAGGAAACUGCCAUCCUCUGGGCUCAAUCCACUCCCUUGCUGUUUGGAUAAAUCAAAAGCACCUUUCUCCCAAAAUUAUGCUCAAAAUUCAGUCCAACGAUCUCUGUCCCAUUGCUCAUCAUCCUACUACUGUUCUUAUUCCCCAUCGAUGCCCAAACUUGCAUAUACCAUGAGGAAACAGAGUAUGUUCUCCCACCCUCUCUGCCAAGUACAGUCAUAGGUGUUGUUAUGUCCUUCCUCUCAGUGCCUAAUAUCAGAUCAUGAAGACCUUGGAGCCCUGACAAUGUAAUAUGAAGUCUCCUUCGUAUAACUCCACAUGUGCCUACUGCAGUGGCAACCACUGAGUAAGCAGUUAACAAACACAGUUGAUUGAAUGGCUGAAGACAGCAAAAACCAUGAGGCAGUUGAGCAGUCCUCAGGAUAUCUAGAAGAAGCCUCUGUCAUGGGUUAACAUUUUAGAUCAUCUGACUUCAGACAUCGUAGGUUCUGAUGUUCUCCUAAAAAUCACAAAUUAUCUGUACUCUCACAUUUUCUAUUUUGUUUAUAUAUAAAAUAUACAUAGCCUGCAUGAUUUCCAAAGGAAAAGAACUCCAUGCUUUUUUUAAAAAAAUUAUUCAUUUCUUUGAAGGGCAAAGUUACAGAGAGAGAGGGGAAGAGUCAGGGAGACAGAUCUUCCAUUCACUGCUUCACCUCCUAAUGGCCACAAUGGCCAGAACUAGGCCAAUCCAAAGCCAGGAGCCAGGAGCUUUUUCUGGGUCUCCCCUGUGGGUGCAGGGGCUCAGGGACUUAGGCCAUGUUCUGCUGCUUUCCUAGACACAUUAGCAGGGAGCUGGACUGGAAGUGGAGCAGGUGGGACUCAAACCAGCACCCAUCUGGGAUACCAGCGCCACAGGCAGUGGGUUUACCCACUAUGCCAUAGCGGCAGCCUCCUCAUGCAUUUUUUUCAAAGAGUGAAAGCUUGGGAUGCAGAAGAGGUCACCAUAGAAAUUUCUUGCAUUUUUUUCUUUAAAUGAACUUACAAAAAUGGCCAAGUCGCCAGCUGCCUGCCAAAUAACAUCUUUUAUUUUUUAAUUCCACUUUAGUUGGCCUGGAUAAUAAUGAACCAAGUAUUUUAAGAUGUGGUUAAAAUAUUUUCUAAAAAUUGUAGGUAAAUUUUAUGAGAACUCAUGUUCCAUCUGAUCUUAUCUAUAAACAACUAUUAUAACGGUCAGAGGAAGGCAACAGUUGACUGUUGCUUCACCUAAGUGAUAGUCUACACAUAUGUACUAAAUUUGCAUAAUUAUGCAACACUAAAAUGGAAGGUGAAUAGGCCAAAUAAUACAACUUUUCACAUUUGGGUUGUCUUGUAAUAUAUCUCAAGUGUCUUUUAAAGCCACUUUUUCACUGAAUUUGUAUACUGCUGUACUAAUCCUAGGAAGUGAGUUAGUUCCUGCAGAAAAAUUUUUUUAUAUGACUCCCACUUGAAAGAAGUAUAGUAAGGGAAGAGUGGGAUGAGAUUGAAAGAGAAAGAGAGCUUCACUUGAAUUUUCUCCUGUACUCUUUGUGAACUUACUAUUGACAUAAGCGCAAUAAAAUUUAUAAUUUGGGAUGUUAAAUGACAAGUGUUUGAUUUGUAAAAUCAUUUUGACCUUAUACUCAAUAUGUUUUUUUGAAUUACAAUAAGAAGUAGUAUUUCAAAACAGUUGUUGUAUCUCACAUUUAUUUUGAAUUUGUGUAAGUUAACAAUAGUAAUAAAGCCUAACAGUUUAUA